GACGAGACAAACUGGGAAACACACUAUAGAAAACUAACAACACCAGCUACAGAACGGUGCUCACGUGCAACAGUCAAGAACAAGGCAGAGGACACCCUCCCAAAACCAGAAAGCCCCAGCUGACUUUCCAUAACCAUGACAAAAGUUUACAAGAAGACUAGUGGCAAUGGUUCGUUAUGCCUUUAUUUGGGGAGAAGAGACUUUGUGGACCAUGUGGAACGUAUUGAUCCAGUUGAUGGGGUGCUCAAGAUUGAUCCUUCAGCUCUUAAUGGAAGGAAAGUGUGGGUACAGCUUGCAUGUGCCUUCCGCUAUGGCAGAGAGGAUCUGGAUGUGAUUGGCGUUUCCUUCAGAAAAGACAUCUGGAUAAAGCGCAUUCAGAUGUAUCCCUUCGAGGGAACCAAGCCCUCAAACACACCAAUGCAGGAUGCGCUAUUGAAGAAAGCUGGAGACCAAGGACAUCCAUUCACUUUUGAUAUUCCAGUACAUCUCCCAUGCUCAGUGUCCCUUCAGCCAGCACCAGAGGAUGCCGGGAAGCCUUGCGGGGUAGACUAUGAAGUCAAAGCCUAUAUUGCAAAUGAAGAAGACGAAACAGAUGAAAAAGUUGACAAGAAGGACACUUGUCGUUUGAUUAUACGUAAAAUCCAGUAUGCACCAAAUGAGCUAGCAGCUGGACCAAAAACCGAUCUCAACAAACAGUUUAUCACUGCAGACAAACCAAUUCACGUGGAGGCCUCCAUUGAGAAAGAGCUCUACUAUCACGGAGAUCCCAUUCCUAUCAAAGUGAAAGUAAAUAAUGAGACCAGUAAAGUAGUGAAAAAAAUCAAAAUCAGUGUUCACCAAAUUACAGAUGUACUGCUGUACUCAUCAGACAAAUACAACAAAUGUGUCCUGAAUGAAGAAUUUGGGGACCAAAUUAACGCAAACUCCACCUUUGAGAAGGAAUAUAGAGUCACUCCUCUGCUUGCCAAUAACAAAGAGAAACGUGGUCUUGCAUUGGAUGGCAAACUGAAAGAUGAAGACACCAACCUGGCUUCUUCAACAAUUCUGCUACCCAACAUGGAUAAACAAAUGCAAGGCCUUGUUGUUUCCUACAAAAUUAAGGUUACCCUCAUGAUGGGAGGUGGCCUCUUGGGAAGCCUAACAUUAAGUGAUAUUACCGCUGAACUCCCUCUGGUUCUGAUGGCACCUAAACCAGCAGGUGAGGUUUCUGUUCUGUAUUUGUGAUCAUAACUUAUUUUAAAUUUCAAAUAAUACACAUUAUACCCUGUUUAUAAAGUGCCACUGAAACAUUCUAAAAAGCGUAAUUUUCUUGUCUUCUAACUGUAUCCUUGUGCAUUUGCAAAUUGAGCAGAAGUGUAAGUAUCCAUGUAAACUUGUUUUCCAUGUUGAGACAGAAAUAAUAUUUUAAACAUCUUUGUUUUCCUUUUGAAUCUUAGACUUUGAGGCUUUACCAUUUUUUUUUCUCAUAUCAUCCAGGACUGAUAUCAACCUUGAAUAAAAUACAGCCAGUGACGGAGGGCAGCAAAUUAGAAGGAGAGACACUCAGGAAUAGAUGCAGAUUCCAAACAACCUAAUUUCAUGAGCCAUAGACUAGACCCUAGUUGCAAAUAUUUGUAAAAUGAAUUAGCUGUAUAAUGUUACACAUGGGCUAAAAGCCUUGUACACUAAGAUAAACUCACUGAUGCUGAAAUCAAGCUUGGUCUGAUGCUGAUAAUGUAAUGUUUAUUUAUUCUGCCUUUAUCAUGGGAUCUCAGAUUAAUAAUGUUUCGGUUUCCUUUUGUGUGUGAAUGUAAAAUAUAAAGG